GCACACGUGAGGCGCGAGCGGAUGCGCGGAUUGGCUGUUGCGGUAAUGGAAUGUGAAAUCCUCGCUAGCUAUUGGUGGUGGCCGGUGUCGUUCAGGUCUCAGGGUUCGGGUGCGCUAGGCUGGAGGAGACGCUGCCCUUCUGGAGGGUAGAAGCGGUGAGUGCGGAGCGGAAGGCGGACUGUCAUGGUUAUUCUCGGAAUAAGGAGCAGCAUAACUUCCGGCUGUCAGUCCCGAGGAGGAGAUGGAGGAGCAGACUUCCAGCGGUAUGCAUGCUGGGGUUUGUUUGAAAAAUGGGAUCUUUAAAUGCACCUAAUCCGUGCCAACUGCCUGAUCAAGAAAUAGGGGAAUUAAUGCCUGAACGCAAUUAAAUAUUAUCCUUGUGUCCACAUACUGCCUAACUGACCAAUAUGGCAUUCCAGAGAGCAGAGGGCAUGUCCAUUAUCCAAGCUUUGGCUAUGACCGUGGCAGAGAUCCCUGUGUUCUUGUACACAACCUUUGGACAGACCACAUUCUCACAGUUAAAGCUUUCCCCCGGCCUCCGGAAAGUCCUGUUUGCAACUGCUCUCGGCACAGUAGCUUUGGCUCUGGCAGCCCACCAGCUGAAAAGACGAAAACAUAAGAAGAAACAAAUAACAGCAGAGAGCGGAGGCCUGAAACCAGGCGGGGUACCUACAGCUGUCUUACCUGUCAGACGCACCUCUUCUGUAAAGAAAGGAUACUCCCGCAGAGUGCAGAGUCCGAGCAGCAAAAGUAAUGACACUCUCAGUGGUAUUUCCUCUAUAGAGCCAAGCAAGCAUUCAAGUUCCACUCACAGCCUGGCUUCGGUAGUAGCAGUCAACUCCUCCAAUGCAAAUGCCCCAUCCUUGGAACCAUGGGGGUCCCGAGAGAUGGAUGAACAGUUGGCCGCGGAUGAUUCCAAUGCAGAAAACCUGUAUAGUCAAGGAAUGGAGCUAUUCGAAGAGGCUUUACAUAAGUGGCAGCAGGCUCUGAACAUAGGCCAGCGAUGCAGCUCCAGCACCCUUACAGCUCCAUGCACUGAACUCUAUGGAGGCAGCAUGUCGGAAAGCUUGCAGGAGACCAAAGAGUUGUCAGGCAGGUUGGAAGCCUUGUUGAGCCGUGCGUAUAAUCUACAGGAAGAGUUUGGCACCAGCAUGCCCGAAGAUAACCUGUUGAUGGAUCUGGAAGGAGCAUUGAUGUUUCCUCAUCUGGAAGGCAAGAGGAUGUUGCAGAUGGAUGAUGAGAUCAGCACCAUAUCUGAUGAGUCCUUUUUCUCCGCUGCUGAGCUGUUUGACAAUUUACAACUGAAAGAGGGCCCCUUUAUUCCUCAAAAGCUUGCUGCAGCAUAUGAAGAGGCCUUGAAGUUGGUGCAUGCAGAAGAAGUGGCUUGCAGAACAAUAAGAACGGAGCUGCUGGGUUGUUAUAAUGACCAGGACUUUUUGGCAAAAUUGCACUGUGUCCGUCAGGCUUUCCAGCAACUACUUCAGGAUGAAGGCAACCGGUUGUUCUUUGGUGAAGUUGGGAAACAAAUGGUGACAGGACUGAUUGUUCGAGCUGAAAAGAAUCCUAAGAGUUUCAUAGAGAACUAUGAAGAAAUUGUGCAGUAUGCACUGAAGGAAGAUACAUGGCCCACUACUGAGAGAGAACUAGAAGGACGCGGGGUGGUCUGCAUGAAUUUCUUUGACAUAGCACUUGAUUUUAUAUUAAUGGAUGCCUUUGAGGACUUGGAAAAUCCACCGACCUCAGUAAUUGCGGUCUUGCGGAACCGCUGGCUGUCUGAUAGCUUCAAGGAAACUGCACUGGCAACUGCAUGCUGGUCAGUUUUAAAAGCUAAACGAAGACUUCUCAUGGUUCCAGAUGGCUUUAUAGCUCACUUCUACUCCGUAUCGGAGCAUGUCAGCCCCAUAUUGGCAUAUGGAUUUCUUGGUCCAAAAGAGAAUUUAACAGAAAUUUGUACUUUCUUUAAGCAUCAAAUUGUGCAGUAUUUAAAGGACAUGUUUGACUUGGAUAAAGUGAGGUAUACUACAAUCCAGUCACUGGCAGAGGACAUCUUGCACCUUUCCCGCAGACGGAGUGAGAUCCUGCUGGGAUAUCUGGGUGUAGACAAUCUACGGGCAAUGAAUGGAGACCUGCCAGCACCAAACGGACCAUCAGAGCUUCACCUCUGAUGUCAAAGAAUCUACUGGCUACCAGAAUGUAGACAUCAAUUUCUAUUUCUCUUAUAUUUUUAAGGCACACUUUACUGAAAACCAG